UUUUUGCAAUCCAUAUUUUGAAGGCAAACUGUUUUGCACCAAGUAGAAUAGCCUAGAAGAGGUGAAGUGUAUUACAGAAUCAAGGACCAUGAGCACUGCAGGGAAAGUAAUCAAAUGCAAGGCAGCAGUAAUCUGGAAGCCUAAAGAACCAUUUAGUAUUGUGGAAAUAGAAGUAGCUCCACCAAAAGCACAUGAAGUUCGCAUCAAGAUUUUGGCUUCUGGAAUCUGUGGUUCAGAUGUGCACAUUGUAACGGGUGCAGUAAAGGCAAACUUACCUAUUAUUCUUGGACAUGAAGCAGUUGGCGUGGUUGAGAGUGUGGGGGAAGGUAUUACCAGUAUGAAACCAGGAGACCAAGUCAUUCCGAUUUUUCUCCCACAAUGUGGCAAAUGCAGUACUUGUCUGAAUCCCAGGGGCAACCUCUGCAAGAAGGAUCAAGUGUCUGGAUUAAUGGAGGAUGGCACCAGUAGAUUCACUCACAAAGGAAAACCAUUGCACAAUUUUGUGGGUACCAGCACUUUCACAGAAUAUACUGUGGUACAUGAGGAUUCAGUUGUCAAAAUCGAUGCUACAGCACCUCCUGAAAAAGUGUGUCUUAUUAGCUGUGGGUUUUCUACUGGCUAUGGUGCAGCCAUAAAUGCUGCAAAGGUGCGGCCUGGUUCUACCUGUGCCGUUUUUGGACUCGGAGGAGUUGGUCUCUCAGCAGUCAUGGGCUGCAAGGAAGCUGGAGCUUCCCGAAUCAUUGGAGUUGACAUAAACAAGGAUAAAUUCCCCAAGGCUAAAGAAAUUGGUGUCACAGACUGUGUCAAUCCCCAGGAUUACAAGAAACCCAUCAAUGAAGUGAUCUUUGACUUGACUGGGGGUGAUGGAGUUGAAUAUUCCUUUGAAGCCAUUGGAAAACCUGAAACCAUGCUGACCGCCUUGAAUUCCUGCCAAAUAAAUUAUGGAAAGUGCAUGAUUGUGGGAGUACCCCCUACGGAUUCUAAGAUUACCUUUGCUCCAAGACUUCUCUUCACAGGCCGCACUUGGAAAGGAACUCUAUUUGGAGACUGGAAAAGUAAAGAUACAGUUCCUAUGUUGGUUUCAGAUUUCAUGAACAAAAAGUUUAGCCUAGAUCCAUUAAUUACUCACACUUUACCGUUCGAGAAAAUCAACGAAGGUUUUGAUUUGCUUCAGUCAGGAAAAUGCAUCCGUUGCGUCCUGACGUUUUGAAGUUUUUGGUUUGGAAGAAAAAUAGAAAACUAUCAUUUCUGUCUCUGAAAUCUCCCAGAAAUGCACUUUGAAGCAUAUUUACUUUAAUAAACCAGUCAACAGAAACAAAAUUACCGUAUUUCUUUUCUUACUAUCUCUUUUCUCAUUGUUCUGGUUCAUGUGUUAUUAUUACUGCUGAAUUUAUCUGCAAGGAAGACAACCCUGAAGUUAAGGCACAAAAACACACAAAAACAAAGAUUAAGCAAAAUACAGUUAUAAACAUGCUUAACAUUCCUGUGUUUUGUACACCAACCCUAUUUCAUUAGCUCCCUCCCCUUCUCAUCAUUGGUUAAUUAUAUGCCCCUAAAAGACAGGGGAUUUAUAAAAUUGUGUGCACGUGUGCUCAUAACUUUUUUUCUCACAAAUUAUUUUCACCACAUAGACAAAUAGAUAAAUGCAAGGCCAAUGCAUAAGAUUCAGUGGCUUUUAUGAGUAGGGAAAUAGUGUAGUCUAGUGCUUUGUUGGAGAUGUAAGUCAUCUAAUUCUCCCUAAACCGGGGUUAAAACUAGGGAGAAGUAUUAAGCAAUAUUUUUCAGUCUGUUUGCAAGUAUGAAAUAGGUUCAGAGAUGUUUCUGUUGGGCUUCAAGUUCAAGGAAACCCAUGCACAUCUAGACUUUUUUAAGUCUCAUUAAUAGGUCCCAUUUAAAUAUAUUCAGGGCCUCUAGUUAUAUUGUCUAUCAGGUAACUCAUUCUCCUCACGUUUCCCUCCUACCCCCGCCUUUUUUAGAUAAAUGUGUUUGGGGAAAUAUUCAUCAUCUUGGUAAAAUGCAAUAACUAAGCAAACAAUUAAAUAUAUUAAAUAUACCAAAAGCUAGAUAAUCCAACAGCAGUAAUGAUCUGCAGCAAGUUUAACUACUUCCAGUUCUAGAAACAGAUUUAUUUUAUCACCAUUUCUGUGCUUUUUUUUUAUCUUCACUUUUUUGAGUGGCUGGAUGGAAUUUAUAUUUUUACAAAUGCAAGAUGGAAAAUGAUACACCGCUUUUUAUUUGGUACAAAUAUUGACAGCUUGUCCAAGUUCUUUUCUCAUUUUUAAUGUUGUGGAUUAGAAUAUUUUUUUCAACUGUAAAUAAAAUAAAGAGAGACAGUCUGGUCUAAAAGUUAAGGCACCAAAUAGAAACAGGAUACUAUGAAUUCUAGUCCCACCUUAGGCACGAAAAAGUCAGUUGGGUGACUUUGGGCCAGUCACUCUCAGCCCCACUCACAUAACAGGGUUGUUGCUGUGGUUAAUAUAGCAAAAGAAAGGUAUAUUAAAUACAUUCACUGGCUUGAGCUAUUUGUAAAAUAAUGAAGGUAGGAUAAAAAAUAAAUUGGCAUUAUUGAAUUGCCUCCCACAGAGUGCCAAUCUGUAACCCAAUUCAUGCCAAGAUGAAAAGACAAGAUUAGAAGAACAACCGUUGUUGGUUAUUCAUUUACAAUUAGAUUGGCUAUUCACUUACAUUUAAAAGAUCACAAGCAUCAAUAGCAGGUUCACAGUUUUGUCCUUCUCCUUUAACAUAGAAGAAGGGAUGAAAAGUCAAGAGAGAAACUUUAUCACUCAUAAUUCUUUUAUAAUUGUUUGACAUUUUUAUCACUUAAGAGUGCCAAAGAGUUAAGAGCCAAAAUAUUUUGGAAGAGACUUUAUAGAUGGGACAACUUAAUAGAACUUUGGCUAGAGAUUUACUAUCACCAAGGGAUUUGAGAUAUUAUUGGGUUAAUAAUUUUGAACAUUCCCGUGUGAUGUUAUUGUAAAAUAAUAAACUUCUUGGAUCAGAUCACUUGUU